AUGAUCCUGUGGCUUGUCGUUGUCCUAGGCUUUGUCCAUGCCAUCCCCAUCCCAAAUGGCCAACUCGGUGAGUCCCGGCAUACUGUAGAGAACCUCCGAUUAAGGUCGAGCUGAAAUUGAAUGUGGCGAAGACAACAUUGAAAUUGUGUUUCUGACCGAGGAUGUUUUCCAAGGACGAGUUUUUGUGGUUGGCCAUUCCAAUGAAACAGAAUGCAGUUCCAGAGACAUUGGCAGGAAAACGACUUCAAUUGUCAUCCCAAAAAAUAAAUGCGGAGUGACCAUAACUAGAUCUGUGAGGUAAAUCUGGCUCUCUAAAAGUCGUUUAGGCGAAUCCCCCAGGGCUACUAAUCUCUACCAAGGUCAUGAUAUCCUUCCACGACGAGUUUAUUACGAAAGUAGACAGGGGGUACGAAAUCUCCUGCUUCUACAUGGAAGCCGAGAAGACCGUCACUUACCCUGUCUCGGUGUCAAUGGCAAGCCUCCAACCGGUCACUCAAAACGCCGAGAUGCCGAGGUGUCGCUACGAAGUGUUAGAUCCGUUUACAAAGAAACCCGUGUCCAUAGUAUCAGUGGGGAACAAAUUAUUGCAUCGUUGGGUUUGCGAUUCCGGUUCUCCCGGUAGGUUUCUAUUUGUUCAUAAUCUCGCGGUCCCAUGCACUUCUCAUUAAGGGGAGGGUACCGUCCACCUUCCAUGGUCCAAUCGGUAACUAAGCGAUAUGAAAUGCAUUACAUUCCAGAUCUAUGGUGUAUGACAGUUCAUUCCUGCUUUGUGGAAGACGGUUCUGGUACAGAAAUUGUCAUUCUCAAUGAUAAAGGGUAUGGAAAAUGUCGUCUACAACUGCAAUAUUAAAAGUAAAAUCUUAUUUUCUGAUGUUAUUACAGCUGUGCAAUCGACCGAUACCUCUUGGAUAAUCUCGAGUAUGGGCCGGGCUUGCUUCAGGCACAGAAAGAAGCCCAUGCUUUCAAAUUUGCGGAUAGGAUAGUGGUCAACUUCCAAUGCAGCAUCAAAUUGGACAUCAAAGACGGGGAAUGUGGGGUAAGGACCGCCGCCUUGUUCUUUGGGUUAUUACAUCUUGAGUGCGUCUAACUGAUUUCAGGUCCCCAAAUGCCCUGAUCUCACCCAUCAGAAGCCGCGUUUAAUCAACAAACGAUCUCACAGCGAGUCCAGCCAUGAUCACAGUGAUGUGGAAGUGAGAGCGCCAUCUAUCGAAGUCCUUGAACAUGAUCUUUCCGAGAUUUCUUCGGCAAUCGCUAUGAACGAGGACUGUGUUCCUUACAAUAGGUUCUUUUUCAUCAUCUCAAUCACCAGUUUAUUCUCGAGUGCCGUCACAGCCACAAUAUUCAGGCUGGCCCGGAAUCGAUGGCUGUAG